AUGGCAAAGAAAGUAUGGCAAAAUCAAACAAGAGUUUUUGAAUUCACACUCUUGGGAUUUGGGGAUCUACCUAAACUACAAGUUCUUCUUUUCCUGCCAUUCUUGGUGAUCUAUGUGGUGACCAUGGCUGGGAACCUUCUCAUUGUUGUGUUGGUUGUGACUGAUCGACAUCUUCAUACCCCCAUGUACAUCUUCCUGGGAAACCUUUCCUUCUUGGAAUGUUGCUACAGUUCAACAAUCCUGCCUAAAAUGUUGUCAAGCAUCCUGGCUGGGGGGGAAAGCAUAUCUAUAAAAGCCUGUUUUUUGCAAUUUUUCAUCUUUGCUUCUCUGGCUGGAACUGAAUGCUACCUCCUAGCCAUGAUGUCUUAUGACAGGUACUUAGCCAUUUGUAAACCACUCAAUUAUGUUGUUCUUAUGAAUGGCAGAGUGAGCUUCCAAUUAUCUGUUGUGUCUUGGGUUAGUGGAUUUUUUGCUAGCACAAUUUUAACUUCAUCAGUGUCAUGGCUAUCUUUCUGCGGCCCCAAUGAAAUUGAUGAUUAUUUUUGUGAUGUUAGCUCUAAUGUAAGGUAUAUUUCUUGUAGUGACACGACUUUCUUUGAACUAUCAGCCUUUGUAUUUGCUUGUGUGUUCACAUUACCUCCCUUUCUCCUCACCGUAUCUUCCUAUGGCUUCAUCAUAGCCACCAUCCUCAGAAUCCCAUCCACAACUGGGAGACAGAAGGCCUUCUCCACCUGUUCCUCUCACCUUGCGGUGGUUGCCUUGUAUUAUGGAAGUCUGAUGCUUGUCUAUAUGCUCCCACGGUCAAAAGCCUUAAUACACAUGAAGAAAGUCUUUUCUCUCUUCUAUACUGUCUUGACCCCUAUGAUCAAUCCCCUCAUAUACAGUUUGAGAAACACAGAAGUGAAAGAGGCCAUGAAAAAGGGUUUCAGGGGGUUUAUAUUCUAUAUCACACCAUGA